ACAAAGACUUCAAACCUAGUGAGUAAAAUUGGGUUGUCACGGUACUUGCCGAGCAGUUUCGUGAGUGCUUCGACUUUCAAGCCGUCUCUUAGGAAGGAAGUCACUCCCAUCAGUUCCCAGCUUAUCGUAUUGACCUAACGUUCUGUUCUCUUCCCCUCCUUCCCUUCUGCAAAGAUUUGUAUACGAUUUAUCGCGCUUCAUUAUACCCGAUGGCCGACCUAUCCGAUCCCAAAAUCGACGAAGCUUACCAGGAUGUUCGUUCCGACAAAUCCGACACUAACUGGCUUUUACUCGACUAUGAGUCUGACCGGUCUGACAAGCUAAGAGUCACACAGACGGGAACCGGUGGUCUCGCCGAGUUACGCGAUGCACUUGGCGAUUCCAAGGCGUCUUACGCAUACGUUCGCGUCACCUUCUCCAAUGACAAGGAAUCUCAGCGGGAGAAAUUCAUUCUAGUAGUGUGGAUCGGUCCUGGGUGUAAAGUGAUGCGGAAGGCCAAGGUUAGUCCUUAGUCUGUUUCUUUACGUGUGCUGCUGCGUGUAUGGAUAUCUUUAUUUUUCCAACUUUAAAAAAACACACGCGGUGGCGGCGGGCUACGUCUGCACUGCCUUUCAGCGGUGAAUCAAUGACGAUGAUUCGGAUGAUGUAGUACUUAGUCUGACAUGACUCUUUGCUAUAUUAUCUCGCAGAUCUCCGUUCAUGCAGCCGAUGUCAAGCAGGUAUUGCGUGUCUACUCUAUUGAAGUUCCGGCUCGGGAAAAGGAUGAUUUAAAGGAGGAUCCGAUUGUGGUGAAGCUGCGGAAGGCAGGUGGGGCUAGUUAUGAC